UCCAACAGCAUAUCGCGAUCGAUGUCGUCGUCGUCGUCAACGUCAACCCGAGCAGAGGCGAGUCAAGCCAAGAUAAGUCAAUCCGAUCCAAGCCAAGAUGAGUCGAACUGA